AACGGAGAUUCAUACCAUCUUUUACACUUAUUAAACAGAGGUGCAUGAGAGAAAGCUUCUUCACUUUUACUACUUCAUCUUCAUCAAUGGCUCUCUCUGCGUCAACCGAGACAGAGAUCAUUACCAGAUUCCAGACAUACCUUCGAAUCAACACCGUACAGCCGGAUCCUGAUUACAUCGCAGCCGCAAAUUUCAUUAUCUCCCAAGCUAAAUCAAUCUCUCUCGAAUCUCAAUCGAUCGAGUUCGUUCCAGGAAAGCCGAUCGUUCUCCUGAGAUGGAGUGGAACAGAUCCUUCUUUACCUGCGGUUCUUUUGAAUUCACACGUCGAUGUCGUCACCUUUGAGGAAGAGAAGUGGACUCAUCCUCCGCUGGGAGCAGAGAUAGACGAAGAAGGCAAAAUCUAUGCAAGAGGAACUCAGGAUAUGAAGAGCGUUGGGAUGCAGUACUUAGAAGCCAUUCGCAAGCUUAAAGCCUCUGGAUUUGAGCCGCUUCGAUCCGUUUAUGUCACGUUCGUUCCCGAUGAAGUGAUUGGAGGCGUUGAUGGGGUUGCUAAGUUCGUGGAAUCGGAAACCUUCAAGAACAUGAACAUUGCCAUCGUACUCGACGAAGGUUUACCAUCUCCAACUGACAGCUACAGGGUGUUUAAUGGAGAGAGGAAUGCAUGGUCGAUCCAGAUAAAAGCUGUAGGACAACCUGGCCAUGGCUCAAAGCUCUACGAUAAUUCAGCCAUGGAAAAUCUCACUAAAAGCAUUGAGAGUAUAAUGAGGUUCAGAGCUUCUGAGUUUGAUCAGCUCAAAACUGGUUUGGAGGCUGACGGCGAUGUCGUCUCUAUCAACAUGGUUUACCUCAAAGCUGGCACUCCUACUCCAGAUAAUGGCUUUGUAAUGAAUCUGCAACCAUCUGAGGCCGAAGCUGGUUUCGACAUGCGUGUCCCACCCGAUGUUGAUUCUGAAGAACUAGAAAGGCGUUUGGUGUUGGAAUGGGCAUCUCCUGCCCGGAACAUGUCCUUUGAGCUAUGGCGGUCUGACCAGGGUAUACCCAAGAAGCACUUAGUUACGGCAAAAGAUAAUUCGAAUCCAUGGUGGGAACUCUUGGAAAAUGCUGUGAAAGAAGCUGGGGGGUUGAUUAGUGAGCCUGAGAUUUUCCCUGCAGGAACAGAUUCUCGGUAUUUCCGGAGAGCAGGUUUGCCUGCCAUUGGCUUCUCUCCUAUAUCAAAAACACCGAGUUUGCUACAUGAUCACAACGAGUAUGUGAGUCAAUCUGAGUACUUGAAGGGCAUUGAUAUGUAUGUCUCAAUCCUCAAGGCUUACACAUCAUAUGCCUAACCAGAAUUUUGAAAGAUGAUCAGUUACGUUGUAGGGUCUGUGACAAACACAGUCACUUGGUGGUAUAUCAUCAAUAAGAAUAAAAUUCAGCUAUAUAUUUAUGCUACCACGUGAAUUUUGUGGUAAUCAAACUUGCAUUUGUAAUCAGACAAAAAGGCUUUCCAGAAGUAAGCUUUGCUGCAGCAAACUUGUUAUUAUUGUUUUUCUCAACCAUCCCAA